AUGAGUGUAAAUGAUGAUGAAUGUAUCAGUUGUAAAAGUAGUACUUAUGUUAAUCCUAAUAUGAAGUUAUUGUCUGCACCAUGCGGACAUAAAUAUUGUGAAACAUGUGUAGAUGCAAACUUUAAGAAGGAUCAAGUAAUGAUUUGUAUUGAAUAUGAUUCAUCGGUGGACAAAGAAAACUCUGUUCGGAAAAAUGUACUAAAGGUAUUUAACAAACGACAAGAUAAUUUCCCAUCACUUUUAGAGUAUAACAAUUAUUUAGAAAUGAUAGAAGAUAUAGUGUUUCAAUUGUUGGAUGGUGGAGAUGAAGCUGCAUUGGCAAAACAGAGAAUGAAAGAAUAUGAGCGAAUGAAUCAACAAUCGAUUGCAGAGAAUAAAGCAAAGAAAGAGAAUGAGGAUAAGAAGGUUGAACAAACGAUAGAGAAGGAGCAACAGUUGUUGCUGGAGAAGCGAAAUUUCUAUAGGAUGCAAGACCAGCAGGAACUGGCGGCAAAGCAAGCCGCCACAUUGAAGACAAUGAACGAUCUGGCAGAGGGUAAGAUCUCUGCCAAAGAUGUUCGUGAGAUCGACAAGAAGAACAAAGAGAACGAAGAGAACAAACAACAACAGGAAUCAUUUGAAGAGGCUGCACGCGCUGCCGCAGCAGCUGCUGCCAAGAGAGCAGAGAGUGCAUCAUCUAUUUUAGGUGAUGAUAUACCAAAUACAAUGAAUAACAAUAAUAAUAACAAUAACAAUAACAAUAAGUUUACAUAUCAAGUUUCUAAACCAAUGGUUGGAGGACCUCAACCUGUAGCACAAGCACAACAGGUAGAUGGACAACAAGCACAACAACAGAAAGCAUUCUUCUCACUACCUGCACCACUUGAACAUUUCAAAUACGAUGAACUUGCACUCAAGAAUCUUAUUCCGACACAAGCGCAAUCGGAUGCAGCUGGAUUCAAGCAAAUACAUAUCAAACAACGAGCAUUUGAAGAGGCAUUCGGUUCAAUUUCACUGACGAGAUAUUUAAAUAUCAAAUCAAAUAGUAAUGAUCAAUUGAUUUAUACUUCAAUUUAUUUUUUGUUAUAA